UAGGCGUGAAAUAUGCGCGCGUGACGCGUGUGAUAAGCCGACUAUUAAUUAAGCCUCCUUUGCGUUGUACGCGGAUCGCGGCGCGCGAAAAAAAUUUCCCCGCGGUUACUACCUAGCGCCGAGCAUUAUAUCAUGUUUGUGCGUCGACCGAGAUGGAGAUUUUCAAUGCCUGACCGCAUGCAGUUAUUAUUAGUCACUUUUUUUUAUAAUCGUGCGAAUUGUAAUUGGUUUUUUCUCUCUAACGAUAACGAGUUAAUCGACAUGCGUACGAAUGAAUGAAUUAUGCUAAUGAUCUUUCCGCGAGUAUACGAGCGCCUAAUGCAUAAAUACAAUGAAACGUUCGCGCUAACGUACGCGUGCGAUUCGACGAGCGGUAUCACUAGCAGAAGACCAACCCAAAUCGAUUGAUAACUUGUGAAAAAAAAAAAUCAGUGGUAUUGAUUUUUUUUUUUGAUUUUUUUAAUAGCGCAUCCAUGAUCCUGCUACGAAAAACAAUGGCUCCGACGAUGACGCUUGAGGAGCUGCAGCUUUAUUUCUACAUAGCCUGUGGCAUUGCUGUCUUGUUGUUCGUCAUCAUACUGUUUCUAAUAUGCGGUCUUAAUGUCAAAAUCAACCGAAAAGUAUCCUACAGAAGCCUCGAUCAUCUGAGAUCGAACCAGAUCUCCCGUCAAACCCACAUGAUGGCGGACUUUUGUUACACCAAUCCAAUGAUAAUUCCCGGCGAGGAGUUGGCUCGGAGGGGCUUCUCAAUGUACAACGGCGCCGAGACUAACGUCGAUCAGGAGCCAAUCCCGAUGCAGCAUCAUACCGUCCGAUCGCACAGAUUCAGCAGCGCCCCGACCCCGACGGAAACUCUAUCCAAGUUCUAGAGUCUAUUUACAACGAAGAGAACUUGCUUAUCUAGAUAUACGAUUUUGAUAUACGAUCGGAAGUGUGCAAUUAUUAUUAUUACGCGUGUGGCGUUGUAUUUUUUUAACGCAUGGCUGUGUGAUGCGUGUGUUUGCGUGAGUGUGUAAUAUGUGUCAGUGUGUGAAUUGAAUUUAAGUAUCUCACGUGUUCAAUGUAAAGUUUUGACCGUCAAAAUUUUAUUAUUGAAACGAACGUUCGAUACGAUGUUGUUUCUGAUUACUUGACUUAUCAUUUAUAUGAUAGGUAUACGAAUGUUGUUGUUACCAAGUGGACAUUUUUGACACUUUCAAAAAUGUAGAAAACUACUUUUACCUUCUUACUCAUAAGAUAAGUUACUUUACCGAGGUAAAAUAGAGCUGUACACAUGGGUGCGCUGUUGUGUACGAAUACCCAAUGCGAUUCCUGUUGUACCCACAUUUUUUUGUAAAUCAAGGUAAUCGAGUGAAACAGUUGAUAAAGAUUUUUUUUAUAAAAAAAGUUCCUGUACAUUACUGAAGUUUAAUCAAUAUGUACCACAUUCAUGUCAGAUGAAUAAAGCAUUUUUAAUUAA